CCGCCCAGCCAUGGACAUGGAGGUGGAUGUAGGCUCUGUGGUCUCGGGCCUGUCCGGCGGGGAUGGGGCGGGCCUGGGGCCCGGCGAGGAGGAGCUGGAGGUCGGGGGCGCCCCUGGCUGCUCUGGGGCCGGCUCCCUCCAGUUCGAUUUCGAGAGGAGCCGCUCUGAGUCCAGCGGGGAGGAAGAGGAGGAGGAGCUGGAGGAAGAGGAGCUGGAGGGGGGCCCCGGGGCCGGCUUUGGGGCCUGCCGAGAGGCGGAGGGGGAGCUGGACUCGGACGCUGAGCGUGAGCGCAUGAUAAACCUGUCUGAGUUGACGCCUUACAUCUUGUGUUCCAUCUGCAAAGGUUAUUUUAUAGAUGCCACGACCAUUACAGAGUGUCUUCAUACAUGUAAGUUGGAUCGACAGUUACAAGACAUAGUGUAUAAAUUGGUUGUCAAUCUGGAGGAGAGAGAGAAAAAGCAGAUGCAUGAUUUCUAUAAAGAAAGAGGUCUAGAAGUACCCAAACCUGCUGUCCCACAGCCAGUCCCUGUGAGCAGAGGAAGACCUCGGAAAGUCUUGGGAUCAGUGUUUCGAAUCCCACCAGAACUUGACGUCUCUCUGCUUUUGGAGUUCAUUGGAGCUAAUGAAGGCGCAGGGAAUUUUAAGCCAUUGGAAAAGAAGUUUGUGCGAGUUUCAGGAGAAGCAACCAUCGGCCAUGUGGAAAAAUUCCUGCGAAGAAAAAUGGAUCUCGACCCGGCUUGUCAGGUGGACAUAAUAUGUGGUGAUCACCUUCUAGAACACUACCAGACGCUGAGGGAAAUCCGCCGAGCUAUAGGAGACGGUGCUAUGCAGGAUGGUUUGCUUGUACUGCACUAUGGCCUUGUGGUGUCUCCGCUAACGAUAACUUAAAGAUGGCUAGAAUAUCAGAAGGUGAAAGGGUCCAAAACAUGAAGCUUCUUCAAUGCUGUGUCUCACCAAAGAAGGUCAUCCUCCUUGCUUCCUGUCACAGGAAAUAAAUGAAUGAAACCACCACUAACUGCUGUACACUUAUAACUUAGCAUUUGACUUUGCCGGUGUAAAAAAAUGCAGCCUCUGUAAGUACAGCUGUAAACACUGCAAAGCUCUAUCUUACAAAUGAUGCUACUUAAACUGUAGCUAGCUCAGGGAAAGCAGAAUACUCAGAGUUGCUGAAUUUUAUUUUUAAAUCCUUCUUAAAUCCACAGGAUCUCACAGGGUUAAUUUGCUUUCUCCUCCACUAAUCUUAAUCUUGGGCAGGUCCCUAACUUCUUAUCUCCAUAAGACCUUACGUACUUCUGAAGUAUGUGGCUGGAAUGGUGCUCUCAGGGAUGAUCUUCAGUGGGUGAUGUCCCUUUUUUGGGGGAGGCGAUACAAUCAUUUACCUAAAAAGAAUGUCAUCAGCAGCUGACUUGAGUUAGAAAUGGUGGGCGGGGGGAGAUUUUCCAGCUUGUCUAUAGGCCAAAAUGGGUAAUCAACUUCACAUGGGUUAAGUAUUGACUUUCCUAAUUCUACUGGAAACAGCAUUAAGACAUCGUUUCUCUUCAAGGAAACAAAUUUCAUCUGCACUAGGUCCAGAACUGGUAGUAGCUAGACUCAUGUUAACUACUGUGUAACCAUAUAGCUCAUGGUACGGCUCUCAGCAUGGAUGGACCAGUAGAUUAUUCUGUGCACAGAGGACAUCAAUGUAUGACCUUCCCUCCAUCUGUGAUAGAUGUGAAAUAAUUAGACUUUCAGCCUGUUCCCAUUGAAGUCAAUCAGCCGACUUGCCUGGCAGCAGAAUCAAGCCUUUCCUUUUUAACACCUCUCCUUACAAUCCCAGCAAAAAUGGAGACUCUCACAUUCUCUUCAAAGUACCAUGUUGUAAUGACCUUUG